AUGUCCGACUCGUUUGCUUCCUCUUCAUUGCAAGCAAAUGGCGGCACAGAGCCAGACGAAAGCCCGUCAUCGCCAACGAGGAGCCGUGGAAUGGCUGAAAGGGCAUCCAUGGUUCCGCAAGAGUUCGGCGCCCGUCUCCCGACUCGCAUGGCUGAUGAGAUUCGAAUCCUUGAGAACGAGAUAGUGGAUCUCGAGAAGCAAGCUCAAGAGGAGGACACACGAAGCGGCCAAGGUCCCGAUUUGAGGGAGCAACAAUUCGAUUUACAUCAGUCUGAAGCAUUGCGAAGAGAGUUUCAGGGCCUCGACGAGGAUACCUUAGCAAUAAUUCUGACGAAGCCGAGACAAUCUGCGCUCGAAAAGCUCUUGGCUUGGCUUCCACCAGACAAGCCGCAAGUCUCCGCGCCCGUCUUGUCAGUUGGAGUCGAAGGUUCGGGGCCGGCUUCCAAGGUAGAUGAGGAGGUCAACCAGAUGUCAAAGGUCGAAACGGCCUCAAGAGAUGAGCGGCAAUACGCGCUGGUCCGGGAGCUCGAGGAGAGGAAGCACAGAACACAGGAACUGCUUGACGCCUUGUCUGAGUUCUCUACCAUCGACUUCGAGUCUUUGAAAUCGUCGGAAUCGAUUCGACAGACGAAGCCCAACCUUGUCGCUCGGACCAUUACAGUGAAGGGGAUCCUGCCGGGUGAUUUGGGGGACUUUGCCAUUGAGGUCGAGGUCGAGGAGCAAGAGGGUGCUAAGCCCGGCCCUCGAAUCAAUGCUCUUCGAUUUCGAACCUGCGACGAGAUCAGAGAUGCCCUAGGAAGACGGCACGUUGAGAGGUGA